UUUAUCAAGAAUUUUUUAUCGGGUCGUCGGUUUAAAGUCCGAGUUGGCAGUGAUUUCUCGAGCAGUUUUACCCAGGAGAACGGAGUUCCCCAGGGUGGGGUGCUCAGUGUGGCGUUGUUCGCGGUGGCAAUCAAUGACAUCGUCGACGACCUCCCGGUUUCCAUCGGGAGAUCGCUUUUUGUCGACGAUUUUGCCAUCUGGUUUGCUGCUUCAAGCGCUCGACACGCGGCUAGACAGCUGCAGCUCGCCGUAACACGUUUGGAGAGGUGGAGCGGUAAGAAUGGUCUUCGUUUUUCCACAGCGAAGACCGUGGCAAUGCACUUUUGCCGCCGACGUUGUGACGACCUAGCUUUGGGAAUCAAGCUCUACGGACAGGUGAUUCCCACUCGGCCGGUGGCGAAGUUUCUUGGGAUUUAUUUUGACAGUCGCUUGACGUAUAAGGAACAUUUUAGAACGCUUCGGGAACGGUGUUUUAAAUCCCUGAACGUUUUAAAAUGUGUUGCUCGCACAUCUUAUGGUGCGGACCGCAGGACCCUUCUUCUCCUGUACCGAUCGAUAGUUCGGUCGAAGCUGGAUUACGCUUCUUUUGUCUACGAUUCAGCGAGCCAAUCCAGCAAAAAGGUCCUCGACGCAGUCCAUCAUGCUGCAAUCCGUGUCGCCACCGGAGCAUUCCGCACCUCGCCCAGCAGCAGCCUUCUUGCUGAGGCGCACGAGCCGCCUCUAUCCCUACGCCGCCAGAUGCUUGGGAUGCGCUAUGCGCUGAAACUGCGUCAGUUCCCGACGCAUCCGACGUAUCCGUACGUCUUCUCCACCUACUACACUCGACUUGACAGAGCGCGACAAUCGCUCUGCUUUGGAGCGCGCAUGAGAGGUCUCUUCUCCGCAGCCAACAUAGGUUUACGUGUCGUACGACGUAGCUGGGGUACGUCCUCUCCGCCUUGGAAACACGCAAAACCUCAAGUAGAUCUCUCACUCUCCGAAGUUAAGAAGGAUGACUUGCUGCCUUGUGAGGCGCGAGUCAGGGCCUUGCAACACAUCGUCUCGUACGAUGGUUUUAACACCGUUUUUACAGACGGAUCAAAAACACCUGAGGGAGUGGGAUGUGCUUUUAUCGCAGGUCGCGAUACCCGCUCAUUCUCUCUACCUUCUUUUGCCUCGGUGUUUUCAUCUGAGCUAGUCGCCAUCGAGAAGGCUCUGUGUUUUAUCGAGGUGUCGGACGGCCUUUCUUACUUGAUUUUAUCGGACUCCCUAAGUAGCCUUUUGGCGUUACGGAGUUUUAAUCCAGUUGACCCGAUCGUUCAAGACAUUUUAGCUCGACUUCAGUCAGUGGAACAAUCGGGAAAAUUUGUUCAGUUCUGCUGGAUUCCCAGCCACGUCGGCAUACACGGCAACGAGCUGGCAGAUGCGGCCGCGAGGCGCGCGGCCGCAGCCUCCUGCACUCGACGUCUGCCAUUGCCGGCGCGUGACCUUUAUUCGGCUGUGCGAUCUUUCAUUCUCUCUGAGUGGCAGGCAGAGUGGAGCCUACGUGGAGGCGGAAAGCUCCGUGAGGUGAAGCCGACUUUGGAGCCAUGGAGGUCUUGCUUGCAAGACAACCGGUCCAACGAGGUGAUCUUGUGCAGGCUCCGAAUCGGCCAUACAUAUGCCACGCAUGGCCACCUCCUCCGCGGAGACGAGCAGGCCAUUUGCAACGGUUGUUCCGCGCCUCUUACCGUCGCUCACGUGCUCUUAUCUUGUCCACUUUUAGAACCAGACCGGACGCGCUACCUCGGCCGCAUCGCUCCGGGUACCACUGUCCGCCACCUGCUGGGUGACGAGUCACCCUGGGUUUUAUCUGGCAACAUCUUUUCCUUUAUCCGUGCAGUCAAAUUCCAAGCGAUUUACUCGACCUGACCCAAAUCCUCUCUAGUCUCCUUGUCUAGUCAGUUGUCUAUUACGACGCUUUUGCGUUGUUUUAUUUUACCCUGUCUUUUUUAUAAAGUCUUCUACUUUCUAGUCUUGAUAUCUAGAAAGUUUCUUCUUUUGAAACACUUGUUUUACUAGCGCGACGUUAUGGGCGCAAAAUGACCUUUGCAGUCGACGCGCCCUAAAGCCCCAAUAAACAAACAAACAGGAGCCACCGAUCAAAAUCCUCCCCCUUUUUGUACGGCUGAACGUUUGGCACAGUCGCCAUUCCUGCGCCACUGUUGUCACCACAGAGGUACUCACGGCGUUUUUUGUGAUUUCUUUGUCAUCUCAUCCUCGUCGCCAAUUGUUUAGCACUCUCGUGACUGCACUCUUCGUAUUGAAACAGUCGCUUGACUUGAUUUGUCUAUUUACAACCGAAAUAUAAUCAGACACGUUAAAGACGAGUGUAAGGCACGGGGCUAUCGCAUUGAAGACCGGAAACCUGCGAUCCUAGGGGUGAUUACACACUUAGGGCCGAAUGACUAAUAAUUAAACAGAGUUGUACCAAACGUUACAAUAAGUACUCGUAUUUUACUACCAUACUUUUGGCUUUUAUCUGUUACAUAAUAAUUACAUUGGUUUCUACUAAUUUAAUCUAAAUUAUAUUUCGCUACUAAGUUGGGGCUUUUUAGAACUUUUAGAACCAGACCGGACGCGCUACCUCGGCCGCAUCGCUCCGGGUACCACUGUCCGCCACCUGCUGGGUGACGAGUCACCCUGGGUUUUAUCUGGCAACAUCUUUUCCUUUAUCCGCGCAGUCAAAUUCCAAGCGAUUUACUCGACCUGACCCAAAUCCUCUCUAGUCUCCUUGUCUAGUCAGUUGUCUAUUACGACGCUCUUGCGUUGUUUUAUUUUACCCUGUCUUUUUUUUAUAACGUCUUUUACUUUCUAGUCUUGAUAUCUAGAAAGUUUCUUCUUUUGAAACACUUGUUUUACUAGCGCGACGUUAUGGGCGCAAAAUGACCUUUGCAGUCGACGCGCCCUAAAGCCCCAAUAAACAAACAAACAAACAAACAAACAAACUAAGUUGGGGCUACUAAUAUAUAACACCUAGUGCGCGCUGAAAAGAAAAGGUAGGUACAGCAUUUCAAUCGUCAUGAGAAGUUAAGUGAUGUUGAUCUGUCAGACGUGAUUCAUCGCCCAACAGCCUCCGAAUGUUCAGCUGACUGCGCUUCAUCGCGCGUUCGGCGCUGAACCGCAGUCGCCGCGCAGCCCAUAUACUCCAAUGUUAAAUUCAGCGCACACUUAACCAGUGGACGGCGGCUGUUAGUGCUUUCCAUGGUCUAGUCAGCAGUGAAUCGCAUGCUCAGCAUUGACAUUAAAACACAGUAAAGUCGUAGAUACUCAAGUAACGUACCCGGCAGGAGUGCAGCGGGGACACUUGGGGUCGACCCUCCACAUUCUGCCGGGCUCAGUGGUCGGCAGCCAAGGGAUGUAAGUUUUUUUGUUUCAGCCAGUAGGUAACAGAGCCACUUGAUAACGCUUGACGGCAGAAGCAAUCACGGUCCCAACUGAGAUCGAUUGUAACCUGAAGUUACGCGCCUUCUCAUGCUUCACUCUAAGGCUAUUGCUUUCCCAUUCUGUGAGAUCCAGGACGCGAGGCCGUUCUCUAACGUGGACUGCAUUUUUACGGAAGUUUUAAGUUCUCAGGUGGUGAUCAUGACUCCGGCGCAGGCUGCAGCUCCUUCCACAGUGAUGUCUACGACGUGCUGACUAUCGCCGCCGUGCCGUCAGUCGUCUCAUUGUGAGACAUACAACAACCACGACAACAAUAACAACAGAGAUAAGUCGUCUCCAUCUAGCUGGUUUAAGAGCUGCAGGUAUCGAUGGAGUAGCGUCAGUAUCAAUGGGACACUCCUGAACGGCUGGUGUGGUAUCGUCCUGCACCAGACGACGACCAGAUGACGAGUCUGGCCAGUCCGGUCUCUGGGAAAAUGGAACUGCCGCAACAUCACUUCAUCGCCAGAGGCGACAUCCACGUGUGUAACACCAUCUGUAGCAUCGCCUACCAACGGCUGACAGAACUGGCUGAUGCGAUGCCGCCCUUCCCUGGUCAUCUCCCGGUCAACUGUUCAUUGAUGUCCAUUCGUGCAUUCAUUCAUUCAUUCAUUCAUUCAUUCAUUCAUUCAUUCUAUUUAUUCAUUUAUUCUAGUCAUUCAUUGAUUGACGAUUUCAAAACGGCGGUGGCCUGUGUGAAUCUUACUGUAACUGCUCGUGGUCGCCAGUCGAAGCGUUUACCACCUGUCCUCGCUUGUGCACUCGAUGUCGAGCUACUGCGAUGUUCGGUAAGGUGCUGGUGUUGUACAUAUGUAUGUACUCGUGCAGUGAUUAUCUGCAAGUGCAGAGGGUGCGGGAUCACUUAAGACUCAGAUCAAUGCAUUUAUUGCUUUGAAUUUGUGACCUCUCUGCUCAUGUGUGUUGAAAGUCGUGGUAUUCAAAUAUGAAUCAAGCAUCAAGCUAUGACGAAACUGCAUAUAACAGCACCUGUAGUCUGAAUAAUGUUACCGCUGA